AUGCUUGUCGGAAAACCAGCUCCAGCAUUCAAGUCUACAGCCGUCUUCCCAGAUACAGACUUCAAGGAAGUUUCCCUUGAGCAAUACAAGGGCAAGUGGCUCGUUCUCUUCUCAUACCCACUCGAUUUCACAUUUGUCUGCCCAACAGAGAUCAUCGAGUUCUCCAACAAGUAUGAGGAAUUCAAGAAGAUCGGCUGCGAAGUCCUCGGCUUAUCCGUUGACUCUGUCUUCACACACCUUGCCUGGAUCAACACACCACGUAAGGAAGGUGGCCUCGGCGAAAUCAAGUACCCACUUAUCGGCGAUCUUGGUGGCAAGAUUGCUAAGGACUACGGCUUCUACAUGUGCGAAGCCGGCCACACACUCCGUGGCACAGCUAUCAUUGACCCAGAGGGCAUCAUCCGCCACGUCCAGAUGAACCAUCCAGAUGUUGGCCGUAAUGUUGAUGAAAUCCUCCGCCUCGUUAAGGCUUACCAGUUCGCUGCUAAGCAUGGCGAAGUUUGCCCAGCUCAAUGGCACGGCGAGGGCGACCUCACAAUCAAGCCAAAUCCAAAGGCCUCUAAGGAGUACUUCGGCAAGGCUAACAACUAA